AAAAAAUGUCCUCCACAAAGUAAACCUGUGGACACUCCCCAGUAAUUAUCGCCAUGUCUGCGCAAGACGCAAAGCGACGCCGCGCAGACUCUACUGCAGCUGCGUUAUCAAGACCGUUUCGAUCUCCGUUUCGAGGCACAGCAGGAAAGCCAAACAGAGAUUCUCAGGACCAGCCCAGUGACCUUGGCAGAACACAACUUGACCAAACAGCCUCUCCACGGAAGGUCUCCCAUACCCCAAGAGCACGGAAUUCUCCAUCGUUCCCAUCCAAGAGGCAACAAGGCGUCAAUCUUUCAUCAAGGCCCUCAGACACCUCAGACACCCAAUUGGAAAUUGCGGCACUUGUGAAGGCCCAGCGCCAACUAAAGAACAAACUACACAGCUUGGCAGAAGAACUACACCUAUGUGAGCAAGCACACAAAAUCGAGCGUGGUUCACCGGGUGCCGGGUCGGGUAGUGGGGAAGUGGAUGGCGAGCUUCUGCGCCUGAUAGAACGAUGGAAAUCAGCCAGCCGUCAAGCAGCAGAUGAGCUCUUUGGCAGUGCCAAGGACAAGAUAAACAGAAUGGGAGGUCCACAGGCUUGGAAAGAGAUGCAAGAAAAACAGCAGGAGUUUCGAAAUGAGUUUAAUGCCGGGUUUGAGCAAGACUCCCGUGGUGAAAUGGAUGACAACGAUGGAAGGAGCGACACAGAUACAGGAGCCAACAUCGAGUUGGAGACGCAUAAUGAGAGGGAGGCACGUGGGGGAAAUGAUGAUGCUGAGGAUUUGAAUGACAAGGAGUUUACGAUGUCGAUGAUGCUGAGGUCGCUGAAUGUUGAGCUCGAGGUGAUCGGCUACAGCAAAGAACAUCAGAUGUGGAUAGAUUAACAAUGCCAAACGCGGGAAUAGUCAGCUCUCAAUAGCCAUGAGCUUCUACCAUAGUUACCAAUAGCACAUAUGUGCCAUACUUUCCAGCCUAACAAAGAUAAAGAAUAUGGGGUGUAAAGCUCUCGCGUUGAAUUGCAUGGUCUAUAUAAUCUAUUGGUAUCAUGCACUCCGUCAAUAGGAGAAAUUCAUGCAGCGGAGCAAGUUAAUAAAGUACAGCCCACUCUCGG